AUGGGUGCUCACUCCGCAACUUGGCAAGCCUACGUCGACUCCAGCCUGAUGGGCUCGGGUCAGUUCGACAAGGCCGGUGUUCUCGCCGCUGACUUCUCCGGUCUGGAGGCCGCUUCUCCCGGCUUCACUCUCUCCCAGGAGGACAUCAACUCCCUGGCCUCGGCCUUCACAUCCAGCGACAACGCCUUUGCCAAUGGUUUCUCCAUCGGCGGCGAGAAGUUCGUCUGCAUCAAGGCUGAUGAGCGCAGUCUGUACGGCAAGAAGGGCAAGGAGGGCGCCAUCGUUGUCCGCGCCAGCGCUUGCACUAUGAUCGCUCACCACGGUGAGGGUGCCCAGACCACCAACGCCGCUACCGUGGUCGAGAACCUGAUUGACUACAUCAACAACCCCAAAUAA